CCUGCGCCUGCCCGGCAUGGCGGGGCCGCGUGGGGGCCGGCCGGCGCGGCGCUCUGUCCGGGCAGACAGCACCGGCAGCGGCGGCGGUGGGUGCUGCUGGGCGCUGCCCACGGGGCUGCUGUGCGCCUACGGCUUCUUCUGCAGCGUGAGGCCCUCCGAGCCUUUCCUCACCCCGUACCUGCUGGGAUCGCACAAAAACCUCUCCGAGACCCAGGUGCUCAACAAGAUUUACCCGGUGUGGACUUACUCGUACCUGGUGCUGCUGUUCCCGGUGUUCCUGGCCACGGACUACUUGCGGUACAAGCCUGUGGUCCUGCUGCAGGGCCUGAGCCUCAUCAUCACCUGGUUCAUGCUGCUGUACGCACAGGGGCUGAGGGCCAUCCAGUUACUUGAGCUCUUCUACGGGAUGGGGACUGCCACCGACAUCGCCUAUUACUCCUACAUCUACAGCAUCGUUGAUAUCAACCUGUACCAGAAGGUCACUAGCUACUGCCGGAGUGCCACCCUGGUAGGCUACACGGUGGGCUCUGUGUCCGGGCAACUCCUUGUGUCGGUGGCAGGAUGGUCCCUCUUCAGCUUGAACGUUAUCUCCUUAACCAGCAUAUCCAUUGCUUUUGGCACAGCGUGGUUCCUGCCAAUGCCACAGAAAAGCCUUUUCUUUCACCGUGUCUCAAGUCAGCAGCUCAGUUGGGAAAUGAAGGUCAUGGACUGUAAAAAUGGAUCGGUUGUCCAAGAUCAUCCCAGUGUGCAGAGGGCACCCGGCUGGGAGGAUGAGACUAAAGUUCCCUUAAACGAGGAAGGUCAUUCAGCAGAGAAACAGUCUGUGCAGGAGCGGAAAGUAGACAUCAUAAAGGUUCUCAAAGAUCUCUGGCAGGACUUCCUGCAGUGCUACUCCUCCCAGACCAUGCUUUGCUGGUCUGUGUGGUGGGCACUGUCCACCUGCGGCUACUUCCAGGUCAUCAACUAUGCUCAGGGCCUGUGGGAGAUGGUGCUGCCUUCUUAUAACACAGAGAUCUACAAUGGUGCUGUGGAGGCAGCCUCAACAUUGCUAGGAGCUGUUGCAGUUUUUGUUGUGGGUCACAUAAAAAUGUCUUGGGCAGUGUGGGGUGAAGUGGCACUUGCCCUGUUCUCCUUUCUUAUUGCUGCUGCUGUAUAUAUCAUGGACACUGUUCGUAACAUCUGGGUGUGCUAUGCGUCCUAUGUUGUCUUCAGAAUUAUCUACAUGCUGCUAAUCACGACAGCAACGUUCCAGAUCGCUACGAAUCUCAGUGUGAAGCGGUAUGCCCUGGUAUUUGGAGUCAACACUUUCAUUGCCUUAGCACUUCAGACUCUGCUCACUUUGAUUGUUGUAGAUGCCAGUGGGCUUGGGCUGGACAUCUUCACUCAGUUCAUGAUUUACGCCUCUUACUUUGCGGCAAUCUCACUGGUGUUCUUGGGCAGUGGCAUAUACAGUAUUAUAAGAGCUUACAGAAGACAAGAGCAGAUGCAGAACAGAUCUCCUGAAAGCCAGUAGAGCACCAGGUGAAGACUCUUGGUGGCUACAUAUGAAGAUAUAGGUCUGUUUUUUAAUCUUUGCCUUUUCUUCCAAGGCAGUCAUCUGAAUGGUAUUUGAUCUAUAUUUAUACUAUAUUAGUAGCACAUUUUAGAAGGUAAAUGCUUUAGGUCUUACAUAAGUAAGAACAAAUAUUUUCUUUCUAAAAUGCCUUUUGUUCUUCUGUUGCAUCUAUGGGAUGUGCAGGAAAGAACAGUAAGUUUUCUCAAAGAGUGAAAGCCUUGGGAGGUUUUAAUCUAAGGCUAUGUAUCUGGAGGCUGCCAUUGAAAAAGCAGCUUCAUGAUUGUCUAGUCAACUGCUGCUGUCUGUCACUGAGGUGCUGCUGUGGGGUAGAAGUGGGGGCACACUAACAGACCUCUCUUUGGAGAGCCCCAGCCCUGGAACAAGAGCUGGCGUUGAGCCUGUACUCUGCAGUGUAGCUCUUGCUGUGGCUGUCCCAUGAUGCUGGGUGCUCUGUUUUGAGGACUAGUACACUUACGUUUUUGCAUAUGCACAUUCUUCCUUGAGUUGCUUAUACUGUUCCUGUCUGUCACCCCAGCUGCCAGAGCUGAUCAUGGUGCUUCCCAAAAAACUUAACAGUCCCAGGGUAAUAUGUGAUGUUGGUAAAUUGGCUAUCAGGAGUGCUGCUUGUGUCAUGAAGGCCUCUGCCCCAGGGACUAUAAAGCUGGAAGGGAAGCUUAAAGGGAGUUUUAAGUAGGCAAAAAGCUAAUCCAAAGCUCCCUUGACAUUUUUGCCUCUGGCCUUUAGAACCACAGAUUCUUGUGAUUACAGGAGUCACUGCCUCACCACCCUGGAGGCUGAGCUGUUCCAAUGGGAUGUGGCACUGAGAAGGAAGGUGACUUGCUGGGUUUUAAGCUAUUCUUUAUGACACUGGAGAAUUGUAACUCUGGUGACUAGACACCUUCAGUUACCUCGAUGACUGCCUAAGGCUUUGAAAAAUGCUGAUUUCUGGGGUUUAUCCCUUAUUUUAAAAUGCCUUUGUGCUUCUUGUGGGUCACUGUCCACUAGUUCUACCUCUUUUUUUCCACCUAAGCAGGACUAUGAAUGUUUGGAGUGGGCAGUUCCUUUAUUUUGUCUAGUCUAAGCAAUUUGCAACUUGCCUCAUACUUGGUUUUUAAAACUAAUUUAUUUUUUCCAAAUUGCUUUUUCACUGGGGACGAGUUGCACAGGGUUGUCCUGGGAUUGGGCACCUGGAUACUCAGGCACCAUGACCAGCACAGCAACAGCUAUCUCUAGUAUACUGUGGAAAUGGCCCGUGGAAUGUCCCUGUUGCUGUUCAGGACAUGGCAAGUUUAAGUGUAAAGGAUAACUGGCAAAGGAGAAGAUGCAAUGCAGUGUGCUUCUCUCCAUGCCUUCUCUCUGUGUGCUGCUUAGAGCUUUUUCCAGUCAGAGCCCAGUGAAGCAGCUUUGGUUUAUUGGUUGCUUUAAAUGCCAUAGAGACUUAACAGCAUUGGGGUUGGGAAGGUGUUUCAUCACCGGCUGCGACAGGUACAGCCUUUCUUAACACUUCUGUGAGCCUCAGCCUUUACCAUGCAAGAUGCAUGAUUAAUAUGUUUAGAAUGUGCUGCUUGGGGUCUGGGGAGCCCUUUCAGGCCUGCUGCUUAUGGGAACCCACUCCCCAAAGCUUCCCCCUGUUUGCAGCCUGCCUCCUAAAGCAACCCUCUAAAGAGGGGCUUGGCUGUACUGGCAUUUACACAUGUUAAGCAUAACUGCCUUAUCCUGCAAUUGAAACUUGAAACUAUCCAUGUAUAUAUUCCUUUCUUUACCAUUUUUUGUUUUUAAAAUAAAAUUUUAAAUUCUAGCUGAUGAGCUGUCCUGGGAAGGGGUAGUAUGUGCAUAUCCUGUCCUUUGAGCUCCUUGGCCUGAUGGCAGUUGCAGCAAGGCACAAGGAAUGGGUAUACAGCACUCAUGUCAAGUGACUGAAAGAAGCAGCUCAAUUUUAAUCAAGUUUUUCAUACAAAGAACAAAACUCUUUAAAGGCAACUCAAAAAUUAACUAAUGAAUUACAGCAAUAACAGUGAUUUUUCUACCAAAGUAAUGAAACUGGCAACUUCAAUAGAGAGGCAUGUUGUGCUGUGUAUGUCUUCAGGCCUAUUAAUGUAUGGAAGCCACACCUGGACGUUGUUCAGGUUCCUGUGCUGUUGCUGUGGUGAUGAGAUGACUGUAGAGCCUGACUGGAGCUUUACACAGUUACUGAUGCCUACAAAGUACUGUAAACAUGUUGACAUUGUUGGUUUCUAAUUGUAUAGCUAUUUUUAUUAAAUAAAAUGAU